UGCGGUGUUGAGGCACGCAAUGGACCAGGCAUCCCCGGCCUCCGUACAGCAUUCGUUUGCUGCGUCGGGUCUGUGUCCAGUCAACCGCAGAGCUAUCAACACGUCACAAAUGGUGGCACCAACAUUCGCCCCGACAAACGUAAAUCAAGCGCCAACAUUCGUUGCUGAGACGUGUACAAUUUGCGGGAAUUAUACAAACACUCACUGGUUGAGAUGGGCAUUGUUCCCGCACGGUUGGCCAAGAUCCUGGCCCCAACUCCAGAGCCACCAAUGGAGAAAAAAAGGCAUCAGCACAGCGUCAACAGAAAGGCCGAGUUUCGACUUCAAGCCAGAUUGCUGGCGAACUGAGAGUACGUGACGUGAAAACAUAUCGAUAAAGCAGUGAGUUAUUUGUGCAAUAUAUCAAUAAAUACUUGUUUAUUUGUUUAACAUCCACAACUCUUGCAAUCUUUGCAUGAACAUAUACACGAUGGCAUUUUAUGUUCAAUGCUUGUAUUGGCAUUAUGUCAGGAAAAAGAAAGACAGGAGCAAGAGAGGAGAGACGGUAUUGAGAUGAUAAGAAAAUAAGCUGAGGAGAGAAUUCAAAAGAAAGAAUAAGAGCGUGUUGAAAAGGAGCAAAGAAAAACGGAAAGCCUGGAGAACAAACGACAGAGAGAAGAGGAGGCUACAGAACACAA